AUGUCAGGACUUACAGAAUCAUCAGAACUGCUGAUGUCAGUGAAGAAGGAAAUAAAAGAGGAAGAGUUUGAUGAUUUUCUUCAAGAGUUUCUUUUUGGAGCUCCGACAGCAGACACAAAGCCUGCUCUGCCAUGCGAGCAGAAGAGUGAACUCUCCACACCAUCAACAGUCACCUGCAAAGAGGGACAGGAAGAGGAUGAGCCAACGGGAUCUGGUUUAAGAGGACAUCAUGAUGACUCUGCUCCCACAAGAAACGUUCAAAGGAUCCAGUCUGGGGAAAAUGGGAACACUGAGAAAAAAAAGGGAAAAGGGGGACGCCCUAAAUUGCCCCCGGACCAGAGGAAACAACGGCAGCCAUACCACACCAGAGAGAAACCCCAUAAAUGUCCUCAAUGCCCCAAAACCUUUCCUAUACCGUCCGCUCUUAAAACUCAUCAGCAAACCCACACGGCUGAGAAGCCCUUUGAGUGCAGCGUCUGUGGGAAGCGCUUUAAGAGAGACGCACAUGUGGAACAGCAUCAACGCACCCACACCGGAGAGAAGCCGUAUCAGUGUUCUUACUGCGGGAAGGCCUUCAGCCAGGUCCCCAAUCUCAACAGACACGAGCGCACACACACCGGCGAGAAGCCGUUCCGGUGCACCGUGUGUGAGAAGACUUUCAUCUGUAGUGGGGACCUGGGCAAACAUCGGCUCACACACAACAAAAACCAGUGCAGCGUAUGCGGGGAGAGCUUCAAGCUCAGCAGAAGUCUCGUCAUCCACGAGGUCACACACACCGGCGAGAGGCGCUUUCAGUGUUCUCAGUGCGGCGCGGGCUUCGAUCGCAUGUAUCAGCUCAAGAGGCACCAGUGGAUUCACAACGGCGAUCAUCCGUACACCUGCGCCACGUGCGGCAAGAGAUGCAGGAACAAGACCGAGCUGACCGCCCACGAGGUCAAGCACACCGGCGUGGGCAUCUUCCACUGCUCCGUUUGUGGGAGGGGCUUCAGCAGGAACAGCGACCGCAUGAUCCACGAGCGGGUGCAUACGGGGGAGCGGCCGUACCCGUGCACCACCUGUGGGAAGAGCUUCAAGUGCAGCUCCAACCUCCACACACAUCGGCUGACCCACACCGGAGAGAAGCCAUUUCAGUGUCAAUACUGUGGAAAGACGUUUUCACAGAGGGCUAAUCUCGGCACACACCUGAAAAGGCACAUAAGAGACAAGACCAAUCCACAGAGAUCACGCAUGAAGAGUUUCCCUCACCCUGAAAUGGUCUGAAUAUAGAUAACUUGGCUCCUUUUACAUUUCGACUUCUGUAAUGAAAUAUUCUCGUAGAGAAAGAUGC